AUACCGUGAUGACGUAGUUCCAACGCGUCUGUUGGCCUAUCACAGUAGAGGCUGGGCGCGGUUUAGACUUUGCCCCGCCUUUGCUGGCCCUCGGAGCUUUCGUUUGUCCACAUCUGGUUGCUGGGUAGAUUAGCUCCGUCUUUCGUCUCCCCUUGAUCCUUCACUCAAACAAUUCCUAAUAUGGACUGAACAGUCUCCCAACAUCCCUGGUUGGCCUAGAGUGAUGCACCCCUCCCCUCUCCAGACUGUCCACAGCUUUUAUGGCCUGUGUUGGUCAGUCCUUACACCUACACACACACCCUCCUGUAUUGUUUGUGUGUGUGUGUGUAACAAAACAAUAUUCAUCUUCAAACAAUAUGCUAACAGGCUAUAGUGCAUAAACAUAAAUCCUAACAGAAUCGACAGAAGAAAGUUCAUUUGUAGUUCUAAACAUAUUUAGGGUGUUUUUUACUGUCUCUCCCACGACGUUAUUCCUCUCUCCUACAGCGUCCAUCACAAUUACAUGCACAUGGCCAAUUAUGCAAAUUGGGUGACGACAUAAUUUUGCAACUUUAGCGACUUUUAGGACAGCUAAUAGCUACUUUCCUUACUGAGAAUUUGGGAACACUGUCUCCGCUGCCUAAUAAAGUUAAAACAAAUGCAAGUUGAAGCUGCUAUUUUACCCGUUGCACUGAAUGUCUAAAAUCACGUAAAACAAAAAGCAUGCAUAGGCCUACUACUGUUGGUCUACCUCCCCAGCCCAGGCAAGCAUUUGGGAUUUUUUUCUCCCCGACGUUCUGAGGGAUAUAGCCCACAUUUCUGUGGAUAAGGCCUAGGACUAGAAAACUCGUGCACGCAGUUAGACAUUUCGAAUUGAAAGUUAUCGUUGACUGUCUUUCUAACACUGUAAUAACAUACUUUACUAGCCUAAUAUGUUUGGGUCGUGGGUGCCAAGGGAUGGUAGUCCAACAGACGUUUGAUUAUGAUUUAACGUUUUCACAACGGGCUUUAACCCCCAUCCUCUGGUGUAGGAUAUAUAUGGUUGUCCCUGGAAGCUGAUCUGAGGCCAGUUUGAAGUUAGAAUGAGCGGUUUAAAGUUAAAAUGAGAGGUUUGGUAAUCUGAUCCUACAUCAGCAGAAUCCACCCAGGGCGCCGUUAGAUACCCAUAUACAAAUCGCAUAUCGCAGGCUGUUGCGUUUUCUCGGAGGGAGUAGCACUACGCGUAACAGUAUCCAUUCUCCCCAAUCCCCCUGUCUCAGCCGUGUGAUGGAUAAAGCCUCGCCGACCACAGACAAUCUCUGCCCGUAUCAAUGCCUCUGUGUCCCUACCGACACCAUCUGGGAGAUGCCAUGAGAUGUCAGCUGAGUUAUUUCUCACGCCGUCUCAGUACAGAUGCGAGUGUGGAAACAAGGGACAACGGAAAAGAAGGAUAACAUGAGAGUUCGGUUAUAGCGCGAACUGACUACAAGCUGCUGGAGCGAACAGGGCAAAGGACUUGUGCAGUCGAAUAAAGCAUCGGGCAACGGUGUUAUACAGUAGGCUAGUUAGUGCAACAUUGACCAUCACACCGAAAAGUGUUUUAAUGAAUAUCCCAAUCACAGGUUUGUGAAAUACCAGGAUACGGGCUUAUCUGACAGGGGACUGUUAGGUGCCUUCCACUCCUGACCUACAGGAUGCAUUCUCCUGGUACUGAUUUACACAGGUAUAGAACCCAUUGCUGAACGUUUGAUGGAGAGUUCUAACCAGUUUAAUGUCAGCGGGAACAGUAGUAAUAAGUGGAGGACUUCUCGCCACAGUCAUCCUGCUCUGUAUUGUAGCAGUGCUGUGCUACUGCAGGCUCCAGUACUACUGCUGUAAGAAAAAUGAGUCGGAGGUGGACUUGGCUUCCGUGGCUGGAGGAGGUGACGGAACAGGAGGAGGAGAAGGGGAUGCUCAAGGGGAGGUUCAGGCUCACUUUGCCUGCAAUGCGUGCAGCGCCCCUGGGAUGGACAGCCUGGCUGUCACCCCUCUCUGCCUGGAGCCUCUGGAGGUGGGCCCUCCCCCCAGCUACUGCCCCACCUGCUCCCCCUUCUGGCUACGCCCGGGACUUAGUGACGAGCUGCACAACGGAACCGAGCGGCUGGGAUUCCAUACGUAUCACUAUGACAACCCCGGACUGUGUCAAUCACUACCCCUGUCAGACACGCCGCAGGCCCCCUUCUUUUUGACCCAGCCCGGCCAAUCCCCUUUGAGCUACUAUAGCCCCGUUGACAUCUACCCUAACACACCCUGCACUAACAGACGCCCCUACAGCACACCGGUUUGACGCACAUGGACACACACACACAUCACACACACACCGACGUCACACACGUACUCAUACAAACAGUCCUUCUCCCAGGGGAAAGAGACAUCCCGAGUACCACCCAUCCAGGGGAGAGAGCCACACACUGAACCUACAGACGGAGCCUCCUGAUCGGGACAGAACCACAGACGGACCCUUGUCCGGUGCAGCGGUGUGGAGGUCUGGUCAUCUGGUAACCCAUACAGUGGAGGAGAUGUUGGGUGUGACUAUGGGAGAUUACUACAGAUGAUGGGAGAAGAUAGACUGGAACAGCAACACACUGGUGUUUCUCUCUCUGUCUUUCUCUCGAUCUGUCUUUCUCUCCCUCCUUUUCCAUCAUUUUCCAUCAUCUCUCUCCUCUGCCUGAAACCUGAUAACGUGAACGAGGUGACUGACAUGAGGGCUGUAAGAUUUUUUUUUCUUCCAGAGUUUAAAGGAGCAGUAUGUCCCUUGUAGACCCCUCUGACCCUUAGGGGAAAAAACACAUGUCAAAUCUGCAGUUUUACAUGUGAUUUAAAAAAUAUAUAUAUAUUGUAAGGGGAUAUCCGGAUGCAUUAUUUAUAAUCCUGGCUAAAACAAUACAAACACACACAAACAUUUUAGCCAACGAGGGCAUUUGUUUGUCCAAUUCUAUGAUGUUUCACUUAGCCCUUACCCUUUAGUCCUUCAAAACACAAAACAGAGAUACUGUACACUUACUAAAAGAUGUUCAUCAUGACACUGUUGAUAAUAUAGACUAGUAUUGAUCAAAUACAUUUUACUGUUUUACUGUUUUCACACAAUGCACUUUCCACUUUUGUCAUAGGGUGCAUCUCAAAUUGCAUUGUAUUCCCUAUAUAGUGCACUACUUUUGACCAGGACCCAUAUGGGUCUGGUCAAAAGUAGUGCACUAUCUAGGGAAUAGGAUGCCAUUUUCGACAAAGCCAUAGCCUUCACAUCUUAGUCUUCCUCCCUUCUCGUCCUUUUGUGAUUCUUUGUUUGAGAGUUGAUGGGAAAAUGGACAUCUAUCUGUUCACGUGUUGAUUUACUGUAAAAGACCACUCAAAGUUUGUGUUCACUGCUAUGUAGUCACACACUCACACAAAUCCCCUGCUAUGUAGUCACACACUCACACAAAGACACUGCUAUGUAGUCACACACUCACACAAAGACACUGCUGCCUGUAGUCUGGCAAUGAAGAUAACUUUAAUAUUGAAUUCACUAAUUCUAUAAUAUAUAUAUUUUUUCUAUUAAAGGUGGACUCUGAAAAAUGACAUCAUCAUACACAGCAGGGCAACUUCCUGCUUACAGACAAUUUGCACUGUACUUUGAGACAUGCCCAUAUUGGGAAGAGCCAGUGACAGAUUUGAAUUGUGUUGUUGAUGAUGUCUCUAAACAGGAAGUUGACCCGCGGUAUACGAUGAUGUCAUGUAGAGUCUCCUUUUAAAAUGAACUCUCUGAAGAUGAACUCCACGUUUAACAUACAGUGUUCCUUUUUGAAGAUAAAUCAAUGUGUAUA